AUGGAGGAAUUGGCUGAUUUGGAACUUCCAGCUAUCAAGGACGUUGUCCUGGGGGAGACUAUAGGUCAAGGUGCAUUCGCGUGUGUGAAGAACGCCCAUCUGAAGGUAGAUCCGAGUGUUAUAAUAGCCGUCAAGUUUGUUCAUAUUCCAAGUUGCAAGAAAAAUGGUCUGAGUGAGAAGGAUGUCGUUGGAGAAGUUAUUUUGCACUCGAGAUGCUCGAAGCAUCCAAACGUCCUGAGAGUCAUCGAUUGCAAUAUUAUUAAGGACUACAUGUGGAUAGCCAUGGAAAUGGCAGAUGGGGGAGAUUUAUUUGACAAAAUUGAACCAGAUGUCGGUGUCGACUCUGAAGUGGCACAAUUUUACUUCCAACAGUUGAUUCGCGCUAUUACGUACCUUCAUGAAGAGUGCAGUGUUGCCCAUAGGGACAUCAAACCAGAAAAUGUUCUGCUGGAUAAGAAUGGGAACCUCAAAUUAGCAGAUUUUGGUUUGGCCUCUCGAUUUAGGCGUAAGGAUGGUUCUCUCCGAGUUUCUUCUGAUCAGCGAGGUUCACCACAGUAUAUGGCACCAGAAAUUUUAUAUAGUAGGGCAUAUUAUGCUGAUGCGACAGACCUAUGGUCGAUUGGUGUGUUAGUGUUUGUUCUUCUGACUGGUGAAAUUCCAUGGGAGUUACCUGUAAUGGAAGAUAACAAUUUUGAAGUUUUUAUCCAGAACCAGGGCAACAUAAGUGCAGGUCCAUGGGCAAAGAUAGAUUUCACACACUUGAAUUUACUACGGAAAAUAUUGCAACCGGAACCAGAUAAGAGAGCCACUUUGAAAGAUUUACACAAGCAUCCAUGGUUUACGAAUAAGUUGAAAUUUGCAGAUCUUAGUGGCCUGUGCUGUGAUCCAGCUCUGCUAGCCAACAAACUUUUCUCCAACUUAAGGGUGUCUUUGAGUGAUGAUGACUACAUGAGAUUCACUCAGGAUCCUCAACCAAAUGACUUUAUGGACGUGAACUAUAGAUCAACACAACCAAUGAAUUCUGAUCUCGCGGGAAUUGAACAUGACUCUAUGGCCUUGGGUGGCUUCGGAUCCACCCAAAGGGCAUACACUCAAUAUGCUACAGAAGGAUUCAAAAAUGAAGUGUUCAUGACUCAGGACUCCCGAUGGGCGCGCUUCAUCAACAAUGAUGUAGCAGCACUGCAAUUCUGUGACCGCAACGAGACAACAGCCGGGACUUCUCACGUAGGAUUUAACCCAAUAAAGCUGACCAAAUUUUACUCUGCACAGGAUAUGGAUGUCAUACUCCCGAUAUUCGAGGAGGCUCUAAAAUUUGCCAGGAUAAAUGUGAAGCAGGAUCUUUACAGUCAUUUUAUCGAUUUGGUGAAUUCACUGGGUUAUAAAGGAGCCUUUCCUCUAACAAUAAGCAUACGAACCCACGAUCGCAGAGGUGGUAACUUGACUGGUUCUAUAUCUAUCAAAACUGUGAGAGACAAUUUGAAGAGUAUCAACUUCGAGAGGAAGGCGGGGGAUCCUUUGGACUGGCGGCGAUUAUUCAAGAAAAUCGCCCUGUUCUGUAGAGAAAUUAUCUUGGUCCCAUCUUGA